AUGCUGCUACUCACGUCUCCGAGCCUCGGUCUGCAAGUUUGUUGGUUUUUGCUAACGUCAAGCGGCACGCCUUACUUGAUCUCACUCGGUAUUCCCAAAUUUAUGAUAUCCUUGGUAUGGAUCACGGGUCCGAUGUUUGGCGCUUUUGUGCAGCCAGUACUCGGCGCUCUAAGCGACCAGUCACAGCACCCUUGGGGAAAGAGGAAGCCUUUCAUCAUUUACGGCUCUGCUGCAGCAACAAUAUCCCUUCUGGUCCUAGCUAACUCUUCAGAGCUCACAAGCUGGAUGUGGUACUCAAGCCUUGAGAGUUCCGACAACUCUGAUCAUUGGCAAACACAGAUCCUCGCCGCGGUUUUGGUCAUCAUUGUUACGCUUGCGCUGACGGCAUACGCUGUCGGAGUUAGAGCGCUCAUCGUGGACAACUCCCCUCCCGCCCAGCAAUCUGCAGCAGCUUCGUGGGCUAUGAGAUGGAAUGUGCUAGGGAAUGUCCUCCUGUCAGCUGUCGGCUUCGUUGACACGCAGUGGUCAUUGUUUGCGGACGAGGGCAACGCCAGAUUCAAGAUACUUGCCAUAGUGGUGGCAGCCUGUACAGCUAGCACUGUCGGACUCUCGUGUUGUUCUAUCUCGAACGAAAGGAACUCAGUCGCUCGUGAACACCAACCCGGAUUCAUGCAACUAUGUCGGUCUGUUAUCUCACCGAUUGGACUGGCCAAGCAAUGGUGGCAGCUUUCUCCUCGCAGUAGACAGGUCUGCGAAAUCCAAUUCUACGCUUGGGCGGGCUGGUUUCCCGUGCUGUAUUACAUGUCAACAUUCGUAUUGGAGACAGCCCUUUCAAAUGAACUAGAACAUAGACACCGAGAGAUGAGACAGCCUGAUCCAGCUCUGAUCGAGGACGCGGGAAGCUACAGCUUUUUUGCUUCAUUCGCUUUUGCUUUGGGAGCUUUCUUUUCCAGCGUUGUCCUUCAGACAUUUGACUGCGCAAAGCCGGCUCUCACUCGGAACCCAUCUCAGUUGUGGCUCGCCUCGCAGUGCUUUUUGGGCUACUGCAUGCACCUUACCUUGGUCGCCCGGAGUGGAGCCAUGGCCAUCGUCGUUGUCGCUUUGAUGGGCGUCACAGCGGCCGUGACGAUGUGGGCCCCUUACGCUAUAAUCAGCAGCGAGAUCUCGGAGCUAUCCGCGAGUAAGCCGCACAGUGAUGUUGCGUGGAUCCUGGGUCUCCAUAACAUGGCGAUAUCUCUGCCUCAGAUUGGGUCUACCCUUGUAUGCGCACUGCUCUUGGCGGCGCUCAAGUCGCUCCAAGUGGAGAAUAGUAUGGCCUGGGUCUUUCGGCUGGCCAGCGUUCCUGUGUUUUGGUCAGCAUACCUCAUAUACAAGUUGCAUUGA